CGCAGCUCCUUAUGCUACCCACAGCCAUGUACAGCCUGUACACCAACACCAAGCACCAAGCAGGGCCCACGGAGAAGGAGGAGGAUGGAGAGGACUAUGAGAACUCAGCACCCCUCUAUAAGGACCUUCCUCCAAAGCCAGGUUCAGUGGCACCACCGAGGCCACCCAAGGCAGGAAAGAAAGUGGAGAACUCCCCUCUUCCUCGAAAGCCCCCGAAGAUCACAGCCCUGGACCUCCCUCCAGUCACCUCCACAUCUAAUCCCUUGGGUGUCACACAUCGGGAUCCGCCUUCGUUCCCGCCUUCCCUAACCACCCCAGCCCCAGCGACUCCAGGACCCUGGACCAGUCAGAAGUCCAGGGGUUCUGGAUGUCACUGGGAGGAGAGGUUGUUGAUGUUCCUGUGUCUGCUGGUGGCGACUUCACUGCUCUUGAGUGGCAUCAGUCUGGCUGUGGCCGUCCUUAAGUACCAGGAGGUGGUGGAAACACUGAGAAUGGUGUCUGUCCAGCAGAAGGCAUGGCAGGAAAAUGUGACUGGCGUGGGAGGGCUGGCAGGCCUGAAGAAGGACAUUGACCAUGUAAGAGCUUACACAAACCAGUCCCUGGCGGAACUUCGGGCCUUGUUAGAAUGUACCAAGGUUACCUGCCCUGACGACUGGCUCCCGUUCGAGAGCAAGUGCUACUACUUCUCCCCGGGCACCAAGUCAUGGGAUGACGCCCGGCAGUUCUGCCAGGAGAACUACUCACAUUUGGUCAUCAUUGAUAGUCUGGCUGAGCACAACUUUGUGGCCAAGGCUCAUGGCUCUUCGCGGGUUUACUGGCUGGGGCUGAAUGACAAGGACAAAGAAGGCAACUGGAGGUGGCUAGAUGGCUCCCCUGUCACAUUAAGCUUCUGGGAGCCACAUGAGCCCAACAAUGCCUUUGGAAGUGAAGACUGUGCCAGCAUGAAAAAAGACGGCACCUGGAAUGAUCUCCCUUGUGGCACAACUACGUAUUGGAUUUGUGAGCAGAAAUGUUCCUGUUGA